AUGGCGUACCGUACAUUCCCUCAGAGUCGCGCCCAGGGUCCCCCUCGUCCUGUGCCGGGUCAUACCGUCGCUCCGGCGACCGCGGCCGCUUUGAACCCCAACGAUCGUGUUUUCGAAGCCGUUGUCAAAAGUAUAGAGAAUGCGCAGUCGGUCAUGUCGAAGAAUAAGGCUAGCCUCGACAAGACCAUGACCAACAAGGAGACGCGGAACAAGAUCAUCAGUAAAGCCAGCGGCGUUGUUAACGCCUUGCUCGACCCAGCGCAUCAGGUCGCGAACCUGCUCGACGGUAUCGGCGGCGUUUUCCCCCCGUGCAAGGUUGCAAGCAAUACACUUGCGGCUAUUGUCGAGUUGGAACAGAAUCGCAGGGACAACGACGUGAGAGUCGUAGUCAUUCACCUUGAAUUUUCUACCCUUCUCGCCACACUCGGGAGUCUCGAACCGGGAUUUACGCGAGUACAAAGCUUGGUCCAGCCCCUGGGGCAGAUCCUUGAUGGCAUUGACCAGCUCAUGAAAGAGUUUGGCGAGUUCAGCGAACGCUUCUACAACUCCAGCUUAUUCAAGUCCCGGAUCCGCCAUCUUCUUUUCGCGACUUCAAACAAGGCGUCUUUAUCCGACUUCCGCGUCAAGAUUGAUGGAUUCAGAGCCCAGCUGUCGCAUCUUCUGUCUCAGCAAGCGGUCCUAAUUCUAGCCGAUCACACCCGUGUGCUCGACUCCAUUGAGAGAAAGCUGACGCCUUUCUCGCGGUUCUACUCCUCUCUGACCACGGACGACGAGCUGAGCGCCGAGACGUUUGUAGCUGAGAAUGGCGGAGAGGAGAACGUGCAGACGGAUGACUACCUACUCGACGAGUUUGUACAACGCUUCGGCGAGUCCCUUUCUCCCGGUCUCAAGAAGAUCGUCCAGGAGUCAAUCGAGGACUCGUAUCGCCAGAGCCAGGCUACGUUCUUACUCAAGUUCAAGUUUGCUCUGGAGUCCAAGAUCGACGACUCGCAAGAAGCGAUACUGCUCGAGCUCAAGUCCGGCCCUCACGAAGCAAUCACCGAUCCAGACAUGAAAGCGAUCUGGAAGGAGAUCUCCGGGAAAGAGUCCAGUAUCAAGCGCCGCCGCUUCAUUGACGGCAUGAUCUACUUCUUCAAUCUUCAGUUUAAGCGUUAUCGUGCCGAGCAUGGAAAGGCUGACCGCCCUGACGCAUGGACGAGACGAAUCAUUAGCAAAGUUCCCUAUCACGCCGCUAUCGGCGAUGCCAUCGAUGACGAUGCCAGUGGCUACAUCUCGGUCGGCGAGGUACAGGAGUUUAUGCACCUCAAACCAGCUAAAUGGAGCACGGCCGAGUACAUCGCAUACUGGGCGUACGGGUGGGACGCCGACAACGGAUACUACAAUGAGCAAGUCAACAAGAUACUCAACCAACUGCAGAAGAUUUGCGAUGAAGAGGGUGCGAAUGCGACAUCGGUUGAGCAUUACCUAUCCGAGGUCAAGGACAAAGUCAUCGCCAUUACCAACUCAAUCUACGUCCUCAAUACACUCGAACCUACUCUCGAGCCCAAGAUGAAUGAGUUGCGCCGCCAAUGGCGCGAUAUCACUGAGAAGCAGAUCAAGCAGCGCCUGAAGACGGUUAAUUACAAGUUUGAGGAGUCGACUUUCACUGCGAUCGCCGGCAGUCAGCGCGUUGAGUCGACGUUCUUUCCCUUUGUGUAUCUCCUCCUCCUCCGCCACCAUGCCCUUUUUACCAAAGGUGAGACGUCGGAAGAAGCUAUGGAGGAAGCCAUCAACACGAUCAACGUACUCCUCGACGUGGUCGAGUCGCGGGUGGCAGAGCUCAAAGCUAUUUGGCGCCGUCAGCGUAUCGACCUUGAGAUACAAGUGCGCUAUUAUGCCAAUGGGAUGUUCGAGGAUUAUUACAAGAAAUACCUGAAGGACAACCUCGAUCGACAGGAGCUUUCUCUGCCAGUGACUGAAGACUGGGACGAAGAUGAUGAAUGGUCUUCUGAGGAGGAAGGUGGAGAGCUGGCGGAUCCUGACGGUGCACCGCUUCAGAGUGGCCAGUCCGACGCCGGCGGAGAGCAAGUUUCAUCGCAACGCCUGCACGAGGACGACGAGGUCGAAGAGGCAGGGCCCCGAGCGGACGACGAGGAGCAGGAGUACGGCCGUCAACAGUCGACCAAUGACGAGGAAGAUGACAACGGUUACCACGGGCGCACGCGUACUGGAUACGGCCGGCGCGACGAUGAUGAUGAGGGUAGUGACGGAGGGCCGUAUUCGACGAGCCAAGGCGAUGGCGAGAAUGACGGGGAUGAGGAUGACAACUACUCGCGCAGGCAGUCUCGCCGCCAACAAGGCUAUGAUGACGAUGAGGAUGAUUAG